GUUCAUUGAAAGGAGAGCUACUGCAGCUUCGUCUUUGUGUUGCCGUCCUCGGUGGACCAAGAGUGUUUGAAUGGAUAUUACCAGGUGCACCGAGAAAUGGGAGAGGCCACCAACAUCUUCCAUAAUGUUGUCAAGUAAAAAGUCAGAUGCCGGGUCAUCUUCUUCGUCCUCGUCCUCCUCCUCAGGGGCAGUCGGAGGAGAUAGGGCCCCAGUCACUGAUGCUCAGACUGGAACUUCAGUCUCAGCUGCUGGAGUUAUGGAUGUAAAGAAAAAGGAAAGGUCAUCCCCUAGUGGGGAGGCUGGAGGUGCACCUAUGUCCCACCAAGCUGGUCCUGGCGGACUUGAUCAGGACUCGGCUGAAGUCCGCAGGACCAGCAGGCGUAAGCGAGCGAAACAGGUGGAGUACCGCGAGAUGGACGAAAGCCUCGCUAAUCUCUCGGAGGAUGAAUACUACUCAGAGGAGGAGAGAAACGCCAAGGCAGAGAAGGAGAGAAAGCAAGUUAUCCCUCCUCCGGUUCCUCCUCCGGAGGAAGAGAAUGACAGUGAACCAGAAGAACCAUCUGGUGUGGAAGGAGCUGCUUUCCAGAGUCGUCUUCCUCAUGACCGCAUGACAUCUCAAGAGGCUGCGUGCUUCCCUGACAUCAUCAGUGGUCCUCAACAGACUCAAAAAGUUUUCCUCUACAUCCGUAAUCGCACACUGCAGCUGUGGCUGGACAACCCAAAGGUUCAAUUAACGUUCGAGGCCACGGCACAGCAGCUGGAAGCACCAUACAACAGCGACGCAGUCCUGGUUCACAGGAUACACAGCUACUUAGAACGCCAUGGGCUUAUCAACUUUGGCAUUUACAAGAGAGUCAAGCCUCUACCAACUAAGAAGACCGGAAAGGUCAUCAUCAUUGGUGGAGGUGUGUCAGGCCUCGCUGCAGCCAGGCAGCUGCAGAGUUUCGGGAUGGAUGUCACAGUUUUAGAAGCUAGGGACCGUGUUGGAGGAAGAGUGGCGACUUUCAGAAAAGGAAAUUAUGUUGCUGAUCUUGGCGCCAUGGUGGUGACCGGCCUUGGAGGGAACCCAAUGGCUGUGGUCAGUAAGCAGGUGAACAUGGAGCUGGCUAAGAUCAAACAGAAGUGUCCGUUAUAUGAAGCCAAUGGUCAAGCUGGGGAACGGUGUACAAGUGUACCCAAAGAAAAAGAUGAGAUGGUGGAGCAGGAGUUCAACAGACUCCUGGAGGCCACUUCCUUCCUGAGUCACCAACUGGACUUCAACUUCUUGAACAACAAGCCGGUUUCUCUCGGCCAAGCCUUGGAAGUGGUCAUCCAGCUUCAGGAGAAGCAUGUGAAGGAUGAGCAGAUCGAACACUGGAAGAAGAUUGUGAAGACUCAAGAGGAACUCAGGGAGCUUCUCAAUAAGAUGGUGACCACAAAGGAGCGUGUGAAGGAGCUCCAUCAGCAGUAUAAAGAGGCUAGCGAAGUCAAACCUCCCAGGGAUAUCACUGCCGAGUUUCUGGUGAAGAGCAAACACAGAGACCUCACCACACUCUGCAAGGAGUAUGAUGAGUUGGUGGAGAUGCAGGCCAAGAUGGAGGAGAAGCUUCAGGAGCUGGAGGCCAAUCCACCCAGUGAUGUUUACCUGUCAUCCAGAGACAGGCAGAUCCUUGACUGGCACUUUGCCAACUUGGAGUUUGCCAAUGCUACACCCCUCUCCACCCUUUCGCUCAAACACUGGGAUCAGGAUGACGACUUUGAGUUCACUGGCAGCCACCUGACCGUUAGGAACGGCUACUCGUGCGUCCCUGUGGCGCUGGCUGAAGGCCUGGACAUCAAACUCAACACGGCGGUGCGACAGGUCCGAUACACGGCCUCUGGUUGCGAGGUGAUCGCCGUCAACACCCGCUCCACCACUCAGACCUUUAUUUAUAAAUGCGACGCCGUGCUUUGCACACUGCCGCUGGGCGUGUUGAAGCAGCAGCCGUCUGCCGUGCAGUUUGUCCCUCCGCUGCCAGAGUGGAAGACGGCAGCUAUUCAGAGGAUGGGCUUCGGAAACCUCAACAAGGUGGUGUUGUGCUUCGACCGAGUCUUCUGGGAUCCGAGCGUCAACCUGUUCGGUCAUGUCGGAUCCACGACGGCAAGCCGAGGCGAACUCUUCCUGUUCUGGAACCUUUACAAAGCUCCGAUUCUGCUGGCCCUCAUGGCCGGCGAGGCCGCGGGCAUCAUGGAGAACAUCAGCGACGACGUUAUAGUCGGACGCUGCCUCGCCAUCCUCAAGGGGAUAUUCGGAAGCAGCGCCGUACCUCAGCCCAAGGAGACGGUGGUGACCCGCUGGCGCGCAGACCCCUGGGCGCGCGGCUCCUACUCGUACGUGGCCGCAGGCUCCUCAGGAAACGACUACGAUCUGAUGGCACAGCCCAUCACGCCAGGACCCACCAUCCCUGGGGCGUCGCAGCCUGUCCCUCGGCUCUUCUUCGCCGGCGAGCACACCAUCAGAAACUACCCAGCGACGGUCCACGGCGCCCUCCUGAGCGGACUCCGUGAGGCUGGGCGGAUCGCCGAUCAGUUCCUGGGUGCCAUGUACACACUUCCCAGACAGUCCACUCCCACCGCAGCCACCAACCCGCCACAGGCCCAGCCCACCCCGGCUGUCUAGAAGCAACACCUGGAAGAGAAACGUCACACCCGUGGACCCAAGAGUCUUUUUUUAAACUUUAGAAGAUUCAGGAUAGACGACAAAGGACUCCACUGCUCUCAGACUAUAUUGUAAUGUGAUAAUUUAUUUCUAUAUAAAGUCUUAAACAAAAGCAUGGCAUUACUUUUGGUGCUCGUUCCUGUCCAUCCGCGUGCGCAGAUGACCACCGUGUCGGCUCCUCUGUCACCCUAGCUCUCUUCAGAAGUCGCCUUGUUGCUGUGUAGAGUCGAGUGUGUAGUUUGUUUUCAAAGUUCAAAAGAGGUUUAUGAAUGUUUCCUUUCUGGCCAAACUGUAAUUAUUUUAUUAUGGAUUUUCUUUUUUAUAUUUCUUUGUUAUUAAAACAAAAAACCUGAGUUGCAACUGUGUGCUU